AUGCAUAGUUUCCGGGUAUUUACGAGAUGGAGAGGCAUUACGCCGGCCGAGUCAUCUCAAGGGGAGAUCAAGCGAGAGCACACCCAGCAGGAAUCGGCACUUACAUCAGUCUCAAUUGAAGUGCCAUCACGCGGGAAGCUUCCAACUCAAAAGCAAGUCUGGACCAGCGGCUCAUCUAUGACGGGCAUAUUCGAAAUGAACAAUUCCAACAAAACAGUCUUUGACGCAGUCGUGGCACCAAUCCUCCCGCAAGUCCUACAAGGGAAGUCUUGCAAUGUCUUUGCGUACGGCCAUUCCGGAAGUGGCAAGACUCAUACCAUCGUUGGAUACGAAUAUGAAGCAACAAGUGAUCUUGGGCUCUGUCUAGCCACAGCUCGUCAACUUGUCGAGGCCCUCAAUCGCCUGAACGAACAGAAUGUAUGCGAUCCACUAGGCGUUGGGGUCCGUAUAUAUGAACUGCGAAGAAACAAUGCAUACGAUCUUUUGAAUAAUCGGGGUGAAUGCUUCGUCCGAGAAGGCUCUGAUGGCCAAGUCUAUAUCCGGGGCAAGACGGAGAUGCUCGAGAACGGAAAAGUGCGAGUGAAACCUAUUGUGACCAAAGCAUGCUGGAGUUUUGAAGAUCUUUCUAGAGAACUCCAAGAAGGGCUCAAACUUCGCGCUACGGGAAUGUCGUCUGUGCAUGAUCAAAGCUCCAGAACUCAUGCAGUCAUCGAGCUUGAGAUUGUUACCAAGACGUUGCUUGAGGCGCGUGACGCUGUGAUUGAGCGAGAGUCUGAGCUGGUUCCUGUGGGCAAACAUGCGACUGAUGUUUAUAUUGAGGAGCAGAGCAAGGCUAUCAUACGAAACCCCGACGGUGGAUAUGCUACAAAUCCCGACUAUCAACUGGACCAAGUGCGAAUCGAUACUGCAGAAGCUAGGAAAGCAGAGUUUGAAGCAUUGGUCGAUUUGGCAAAAGAAAAUGAGUCUCAAGUCUUUGGUACUACAGCUCGCAAGCAUGCAUGUCUAGGAGGAAAGCUCGUUUUCGUGGACCUGGCUGGAUCCGAGUACUACAAUGACAAGAGCGGACUGAAAAUGAAUCAGAGCGCACAUGAGAAGCAGAUAGGAAGGCACAUCAACACGGAUCUGCUAGCUCUCAAGGAAGUCAUACGAGCCCGGGCUCAAGGCUCAGCCCGAAUUCCUUUCCGAUCAUCGCCUCUUACCAUGGUGCUGCGCCCACAUUUUCAAACAUCUGAGGAUUCUCACUCUGCUAUGAUUUUGACGGUCUCGCCUUCGUCUAGUGAUUUUGCAGCGACUAUGAAUACACUCAAAUAUGGAAAUCUGGUCGGAGCCGCGGGAAAUGCUAAAUAG